AUGGAGAGCGAGACGGCGGCGCGCGGUGGCCGGAGCCAGCCGCUGGCGGAGGAGGCGGUGGGGUCCAGCCGCACCAUGGAGCGCGUCGCGGCUGCGAAGAAGAUCAUCGAGAACGACUACCGCGAGCGCAUGAAGAAUCUCCGGGAGCGCAACGAGAGCCGGCCUCGCGGCACCACUGUCCAAGAAAAUCGAGGACGCUUGAUUUUGGAACAACAGCUAGCUUCUUCUCAAGUUCCUAGGGAGGAGCAGAUAAAAUUGAUAAAGGAGUUGCAGAGGAAGGAGACUGAAUACAUGAGACUUAAAAGGCAUAGAAUUUGUGUGGAUGACUUUGAGCUGCUCACCAUCAUUGGAAGAGGUGCUUAUGGGGAGGUUCAACUAUGCCGGGAUAAAUCCUCUGGUAAUAUUUAUGCAAUGAAAAAACUAAAGAAGUCUGAAAUGGUUGUCAAGGGUCAGGUGGAGCAUGUUAGAUCUGAAAGAAACUUGCUGGCUGAAGUUGGUAGUCACUGCAUUGUGAAGCUAUACUAUUCUUUCCAAGAUGCUGAGUAUCUCUACCUUAUCAUGGAGUACCUUCCCGGAGGUGAUAUGAUGACCCUCCUCAUGAGAGAGGAUACCUUAACUGAAAAUGUGGCUCGAUUCUAUAUUGCUGAGACAGUUCUUGCCAUUGAGUCUAUUCAUAAACAUAAUUACAUCCACAGGGAUAUUAAGCCUGAUAAUCUCCUUCUCGAUAAGAAUGGACACAUGAAGUUGUCAGAUUUUGGCUUAUGCAAGCCAAUUGACUGUACCAAAUUGUCAACCUUGAAUGAAGACGAACCUAUGACUGAUGAAAACCUUAGGGAGUCCAUGGAUAUCGAUUAUUCUCUCCCUGAUACAGCAAAUGGUAGAAGGUGGAGAAGUCCAAAUGAACAGCUUCAGCACUGGCAGAAGAACAGGAGAAAAUUGGCAUUUUCUACUGUCGGUACGCCUGAUUAUAUUGCUCCUGAGGUUUUACUGAAAAAGGGAUAUGGAGUUGAGUGUGACUGGUGGUCCCUGGGUGCAAUCAUGUAUGAGAUGCUUGUUGGGUAUCCACCAUUCUAUUCUGAUGAUCCAAUAACCACAUGCCGAAAGAUUGUACAUUGGAGAAGCUAUUUAAAAUUUCCAGAAAAUCCAAGGUUGUCUCCUGAAGCUAAGGAUCUCAUUUGUCGGUUCUUAUGUGAUGUUGACCACAGGAUUGGCAGUGGAGGAGCAGAUCAAAUAAAGGCUCAUCCUUGGUUUCAUGGAGUUGAAUGGGAUAAGCUUUAUGAAAUGGAGGCGGCAUUUAAGCCUCAAGUAAAUGAUGAACUGGAUACACAGAAUUUUCAGAAGUUUGACGAGGUAAAUCCCGCUCCAGCAAGAACAGGUUCUGGGUCCUCAAGGAAGAUUAUUCCUAAUUCUAAAGACCUUAGCUUUGUGGGCUAUACAUACAAGAACUUCGAAGCUGUGAAAGGUUUGCGUCAGUCUGCAGGUCUGGGAAGAAGCUCCUCGUUUACAAGCCAGCCUAGUGAAUCUGCAUCUGAUACAGCCGAUAUGGAUUCAUCAGCAGAACCGAAUGGAAGUGACACACACAUGCGCACUGUUUCGUCUGCCGAUCAUAUGAUGCAAUAA